UGUCAAGCGAAGCAGGCAAGUUCCACUCCCGCAAUGUCUGUGAAUGGCACCAGGCUGACGGCGGGCUUGCUGCAUGAUUGGUUAAACAUCAUUGUGCUGUCAGUGAUCUUUGUCCUGUGCGUGGCAGCGAUUUUCUUGGGCGAGGAUUCGGACUUGCACAGUCUUGUUGUGGCCGUGACUGUAGCCUACUUGAUAAGUGACGGAUUAUGGAUACUGCUUCAACCAGACAUGGUAAGGACACCCAAAAGCAUAAUUGCGCAUCACGUGGUGACUCUUAUUGUGAUCAUGGACCCGCUGCAGAUUGCAAGCCACCGAGUAAAUGCGAGCCGGGCUUUAUUGGUGGAGGUAAACACCGUCUUGCUCACUCUGCGAAGGCUUCUUGGUCAUCCAGUAUGGUGUGAGGUCGGCUUCUAUCUGACUUGGGUGCUCAUCCGCCUGGUGUGGUUUCCUGUCCUGGGAGCGUCGUUGUUAGCCAGUGCCUUUGAAUUGCCUCAGGCCCUCGAUGGUAUGCGGAGCUACAUGGUGGAGGUGAGAUCGCCAGCUGUGCAGAAAUCCGCCGCCUCUGCUUUUGCGGCUGUGGUGCUGCUGCAGUUCUACUGGACACUGGCCAUGGGUCGCUCAGUUUGCAAGCGGGCGGGAAGCCAGAAGAUGGACAAGAAGGAAGACGCAGGCAUGCCGGCUGCAGAGCCAGCAGGCAUGAGGAUUCCUCUUCUGCUCACGACAGCUAUGGUCUGCAUUACUGCCACGUUGCUUCGUCAGAUGUCGACCGAAGCAUUGCAUCAACCAAAUAAUGAGCUGUAAGUCCGUUUGUUUUAGACGCGCAGCUUUGAGGACAACAAGGUGGAUCAAAUGAUAUCAACAUCAAUGUUGACGCCAACU